GUUCUUGGUGUCAAAUGUCAAAUUAAGGUCUCGCGAACGGAAAAGUUAAUAUAGUUUAAGACAUUUUUAGUAUUCAAUAUUCACAAAGAAAAUAAAAUGACAAUCAUAAAGGUUGGAGAUGAGGCUGGAAUUAUUAAUAAGUUGGCUUCAUACGUGGAAAAAAUUUCAAAUGAUGCGAUUCUUAAUAGAGGCAAAUUUUUUAUCGGCCUUUCUGGCGGUUCAGUGGUGAAAUAUUUAUGCGAAGGACUGCCAAAAGUUGAUACGGACUGGUCUAAGUGGGUGCUAGCCUUCUGUGAUGAGAGAGUAGUUCCUGAAGACAGCGAGGAUUCUACAUUUGGGACUUACGAAAAACAAUUAAUACCUAAGACCAAUUUAUCUAGAAAUCAGUUUCUCAUUAUAAAACAGGGCGUCUCAGCUGAAGAAGCAGCGAGAGAUUACACAGAACAACUAAAAAAUGCAUUCAAAAGUGAUGAUUUCAAAUUUGAUCUCCUUCUAUUAGGAAUGGGCCCAGACGGGCACACAUGUUCAUUAUUCCCUAACCAUCCACUGCUCAAAGAGGCCACACUACAAGUAGCUUCAAUCACUGACUCGCCCAAACCUCCGCCGGAGAGGAUCACGCUCACCUAUCCAGUUAUUAACAACGCUAGAAACUGUAUCUUCGCUAUUAGUGGUGCCGGUAAAGCCGAUAUGGUUAGAAGAAUUCUUAAAGACAAUGAAGAUUUACCAGCGGCCAGAGUUCAGCCUCAAGGCUCACUAUACUGGAUCCUUGAUGAAGCGGCAGCGGCGACUUUGUGAUAUUCUUAUCAUCGAAAUAGAAUUGAGCUUAAAAAAGUGCCUUAAAAAUAUUUUAAAUACGAAAUAAUGUUAUUUCCUGUGAAAUUGGUCAUGGAAAUAUAAAAAGAUAUAUUGGGAAAUUAAAAAAAAGUUUUGUCAUGUUUCCAA